AAGCGCGCUCAGCUUCCUGCCAUACGGUCAACCCGUUUUGCGUCACGUCUGCUUCACGAGUAUAAAACACAAGCGUGGGCGUUGGGAGUUGGCGUACUUCUGUUGUAGACAAAGUUAAAAAAUGGUGCAGCUGUUUAAAGCUGGAAUGAAAGACAAUCUAGUGCUGAAGGCUGGACACCCACCUGCAGUGAAGGCAGGAGGGAAGCGAGUGGCUAAGAAGAGUGGUGAGGACAGUGGAAUCCUGGAGAAAGAGAGCAAGAGAGCGGACAAACCCAGGUCUCUGACCACCUCUUCCCGCAUGCAGCAAAUUGGGAUUCUUUUGGCAGGCCCACUAGACAAGUUGAGUCAUGAUUUUCCUGAGAGUCCAGUUUCAGUGAGGCAUGGAAGGGUCAGACCUAGCAUGGAGAAACCACACAUCCAGCGUACCUUCUUCAUCCAGCAGCCCCGCAAGUGUUGAGUCCAAAUGUCUGCAAAUAGUGUGUGUGUGUGUGUGUGUGUGUGUGUGUGUGUGUGUGUGUGUGUGGGGGGCGG